AUGGAUAAUUCUCGAGCAUCACAAUAUACGACGAUGCGUUCUCAACUUGAUUAUGUUCAUAAUGAUGUCAAUCAAGUUGUGGAAAUAAUGAAAGAUAAUAUCAUCAAAGUAAUUGAACGUGAUGACAAACUCACACAAAUGGACAGUAAAGCGAAGAUUUUAUCGGAGGAUGGCAUGCAAUUUGAAACAACUACAAAGAGUGUAUUAAGACAAAAAUGGUGGAAGAAUGUAAAGAUAUGGAUUAUUCUUAUCAUUCUUUUACUUAUUAUUAUUAUUAUCGUAGUAACGGUAACGGUUACAUUAACAUAUCAACAGAAAAAUGAUAACGGUACAGGAUAA